AUGGCGGGGAUUCUGCCCUCACCAGCCUCCAUCUCCGGCCUCGGGGCCUCCCUGGCCGGCCCCUCCGCCGCCGCACCCGGCGGCGCCGCCUCGUCGAGGAGGGCGGUGACGUUGUCGUCCCUUUGCCUGUCGCCCCGAUGCUCCGACCUCCCCUCUUCCUCUCGCCGCAUCCCCCUCAAGGGUUCUCCAUUUUCCCCCCUCCGCCUCCACUUCCUGAAGGUAAUUCCGUUCGCCUUUUCUUGCGUCGAUGCGAUUGAUUAUGAGCUUUGUGAGGAGUGGAUGGGGGAUUUCGUCGAUUGCCUGCGAAAUUUUGAGCUCAGACGGGGUUUUCCGUUCGCAGAAUGCGCGCGGCGGAGGGGUGCGCAAGUCGUCGGGAGCCGCCUCCGCCACGUCAUUCGCGUCGGAUCCCGGCCAGUUGAAGAGCGCGAGAGAGGACAUCAAGGAGCUCCUCAAGACGAAAUUCUGCCACCCCAUCAUGGUAGCUCCCCCCCCCCCCCCCUCAAAUCCGCGCACCUCCAAAAAAGACGUCGUCUCGGAUUUCCCUUCUCCGUUUUUCUUUCCCCGAGUUCUAUAUUUCAAUCAUUAGCUUGGUCGUGGUAGAUUUCAAAUGUCUUCUCCCCUUCGACUCCUUGCGAUGGACCAACGAUUCUUCCAAAUCUUGGUGCGAAUAUUAUAAAUUCGAAUGAAACCCUCUUUAAUGGCGACCCCACAAAGAGAACUCAGAUCUGGUCGAGACUUAGAAAAACAGUGAAUCAAUGUUGCUCGAUCUCUGGCGGGAAGAACAUCGUUUGAGCGUGUCAUCUGCGGCCAUUAAACUGCGUACGGCAGUUUUCCUCAGAACGAAUACAAUCCGGUUCAUGUGGAUCAUACAUGAACGGAGCAUAUGUUCCUUCAUACUGGUUCUUCGUAUGAUAUUCUUUUUGAUAGUUGGAACGAAUUGUGGAUCGUUGACAACUUUCCAUUAGAAAACCCUGCAGGUGAUUGAUUUCAAUUGAGUAACUCUGGCUCUUGAUCUUGUCAUUAGAUUCGGCUUGGAUGGCACGACUCUGGAACCUACGACAAGAACAUUGAGGAGUGGCCCAAAAGAGGUGGAGCAGAUGGAAGCCUGAGGUUCGAGCCAGAGCUGAAGCAUGGAGCCAACGCCGGUGCCUUUCCCGCCCCAAUCCCACUCCAAUUCGUCGACAAUAUUUCCAUGUACUGACGAGGUACCGCAGGUCUCAUAAACGCCUUAAAUCUUCUUCAGCCCAUCAAGGACAAGUACCCUGGAGUUACAUACGCAGACCUGUUCCAAUUAGCCAGCGCUACAGCGAUAGAGGUUCUUGCUCAAUCAUAUUUACUUCGUCUAUGAUUUGGCUCUUAAGACGUCGGAAACUGAUGUGAAAUGAGAUUUUAGGAAGCUGGAGGCCCGAAAAUCCCCAUGAAAUAUGGUCGCCUGGAUGUGACUGACCCCGAGCAAUGCCCUGAAGAGGGGAAGCUCCCUGGUGAGAAAUAUCAUACGCCUCUGCAACAAGUAUCAUAUGCUCCUCCAUUCCUUUAUUUUAUUUUUUUAAAGUCAUAUUUGGGUUACAAUUGUGAUCUCAGUUUCAGAUUUCUCAGAUAAUUCCAUGCGCAAUUCCCUCCAUUAAUGGUUCAUAAUCUUCUGAAUUUCUUAGAUGCUGGCCCGCCUUCACCGGCUGCCCAUUUACGUGAAGUGUUCUACAGGAUGAGCCUCGAUGACAAGGUUACCACCCACAGCAUAGCGCAUAUUUAUGCAUCAAAUGAUCAUCUAAUCAUUCAUGAUUAGGAACUUAAUAAUUUCGGGCUUACCCCUCAUUGCAGGAAAUAGUCGCAUUAUCCGGUGCUCAUACUCUGGGAAGAUCAAGACCCGAACGCAGUGGGUGGGGCAAGCCAGAGACCAAGUACACAGUACGGAUGAAGCCAAUCUCCAGGAUUAUUUUUAUUUAUUUAUUUCGUGGUGUGGAUUGCUGGUUUGGGUUGACCGUCCCCCUCUUCAUCUUGGCAGAAAGAUGGGCCGGGGGCCCCAGGAGGUCAAUCCUGGACUGUCCAGUGGUUGAAGUUUGACAACAGCUAUUUCAAGGUGUCUUUAUUUCACCUGAAAUGAAUGUUUUAUUGAUUUCUAUUAUUAUUAUUAUUAUUAUUAUUAUUAUUAUUAUUAUUAUUAUUAUUAUUAUUAUUAUUAUUAUUAUUAUUAUUGUUGUUAUUUGCAAACGCAUUCAGGAUAUCAAGGAGAAGAAGGACGAGGAUCUUCUGGUCUUGCCGACUGAUGCUGCUCUAUUUGAGGACCCAUCGUUCAAGGUAAGGGGGGUUCUUGGGCUGCAUCUAAAUUCAGAAAAUAUAUAAGAAUUCAGAAAUUAAAAAUUAAAAAAUGGGUCGUCUUCAGGUGUAUGCUGAGAAGUAUGCCGAGGAUCAGGAAGCGUUCUUCAAGGAUUAUGCGGAGGCGCACGCAAAACUCAGCAAUCUUGGCGCGAAAUUUGAUCCUCCCGAUGUACGUUCCAUGAUAAUAUGAGAAUAUUCCUCUUGAGAGCGGGAAAUUUUCUAUCAUUGGCAUCUUGCUUCCAUGAAAUAAUCCCAAUUAUGGAAAUCAUUUGACAGGGUUUCUCCAUAGAUGACGAUCUCAAGGAAGCCCAGCCGGAGAAAUUCGUCGCUGCCAAGUACUCCUCUGGAAAUGUCAGUAUUCCCUCAUUUUUAUCCUCUCUCUCUCUACUUAACUAUGCAUAGAGAGAGAGAGAGAGAGAGAGAGAGAGAGAGAUGAAGAAUGGGAGGAUCUAAUAAAUAUGAUGCGGGUGAAUGUCAGAGGGAGCUGUCGGACUCGAUGAAGCAGAAGAUCCGGGCAGAGUAUGAGGCGAUCGGGGGGAGCCCUGACAAGCCGCUCCAGUCAAACUACUUCCUCAACAUCAUGAUCUUCAUCGCUGGAUUGGCCCUGUUGACUUCCCUUCUUGGGAACUGA